ACGGCAUCUACAUCUUUGGGAGUGGUGGACGAAGAAGAAGAAGAAGGAGGAGGAGAAGAAGAAAUUGCCAGCAUGGCGUUUACGCUGUACUCUCUCAUCCAGACCGCUAUUCUGUGCAUUAAUGCAGUCGCUGUGUUGCAUGAAGAAAGGUUUCUCAGCAAAUUCGGCUGGGGUGUUGACCAAGGAGUUGGAGGUUUUGGGGAUGAUCCAGGAGUCAAAGCCCAGAUUCUCACCCUCAUUCGCUCAGUCCGGACUGUCAUGAGAGUGCCUUUGAUAAUAGUGAAUGCGGCCUGCAUUGUCCUGUUGUUACUGUUUGGUUGACAUCUGUUCACCGAGCAUCAAAAUGCAGUCAGAGGACCAGACGUGCCAAGGAACAACCACAAACACACACAGCAAUAUCUGUCAUUCAGAGACUUCUGCCUUCGCCAGUCAUCAACAGGGUGGAGAAGUUUGCCCAUGAGGCUGACAUGGAAAUUUAAUAACUUAAAAAUGAUUCUCCAGGUGUUCACAAAGAAAAGAAGAAUUGACCCGUCAUUGAAGAUAUGGCUGGUGUGGACUAAUACUAACCUAAACCUGCUUGUCAGUGUGACACACAAAAAGGACAAAGUGAAAAUAAUUAUUUGUCGUAACGCCGCACUUGAUGAUGAGUCUCUCGACAUCCAAAACGUAAGUUUUGUGCUGCACAGAGUGUAUUUGUCCUCGUUUUCACACAUUGAGACACAAUUGUUUAAUGAAAUGUGUUUUAUGUUUUAUAAUGUUGUUACCAAUAAGAUACUUGUUAAAGAAGUGUUGUCUGCAGUAGAGCUGGACUAUAUGUAAAUAUUUACAAACUUACAAUAUUUUUUAAAGCUGCCUCCAAUUUGUAUUUUAGACUUCUAUAUGAUUGGGUAUUGUUUUGAAAUCUACAACCUACUUGGUGUUUCAUAAGGGCAAUUUACAAAACUUACACUGAUUGUCAUGAUAAGAUUUUGGUUAAAUGUGUGUAAUCUAGAUUUUAAGCAAUAUUGCCAAACGCAGCUCAAAACAAUGCACCUUUGUACCGUUUACACAUCAAUUUCCUCUCAAUGCCACAAACGUUGUUAUAGUAUUGAGAUGUUUUGUUGUCUUAAAAUAAAUGUAUUAGUCAAUUCUUUA